ACACCGCAACGGUUUUACAUGCCGCCAAAUCCCUCGGGAGGGGUUUAAGAGAGUUGGGCGAUGCGGUGGCCUCUAGUCUAACUGGAAACCAGGGAAUGAAGUUGGGUUCUUCCCCCAAUAGCCCGCAGGCCGGCGGGUCAGCCGACGUACCCCAAAAAGGCAUAGUCACCAUCUUAGACGUGGAGCAUCCAUCCGCCCAAAACGCGGACGGUUCGUUCAGAUCGGAAGCCAUAGUGGCCCAUUUUAUCGCACACUCGGAAGCUAUUGUUUGGCUACAGUUCGGUCCCGGCGGGAUGUUGCUCCUCACCGCCGAUAAAAGAGGACACGACUUUAACUUGUUCAGGAUCAAUGCGCAUCCUGUCGGGUCUUCUUUGAUCACCAAAACUUAA